UCGUUAAACGUGCGUUGACUGUCGAACAUCGAACGACCAAUGCCCGGUUAGAAGCCAACGGGAAAAGUGUUAAGCGAGAAAUUAAAAAAAAAAGUUUUUUGCAUUCAUGCGACGUGCGAAACGGUUUGAACGGGUAGCAGUUUUUUAGUUUUAAAAAUAUUAUCGAAAAAUAAAAAUAGAAAAGAAAAUAUUAUAGAAAAUGGAAAGUGUGUUCUAAGAAAAAGAAGAAGAAGAAUAGCAUAACAGUUCCAUUAAAAAAAAUCCAAGUGUUGUGUUAAGUCCCCCCUAUAGUGGAAAUGAAUUCGAUUAAGGAAGAAGAAACGGAACAAAGAGUUCCGUUAAUGCCCAGUGCCUUGGGAGAAGACCACAGCGCCAAUACACACAUACCCUAUGCCGAUGAUGACCAUGAAGAUUCUCCAUAUAGUCAACAAAAUGGCUAUCAUUUGGCCAAGAAAAAUCCCCGAAAAAUGUCCCUAAGUGAUCGUCGCAAUGUAGAACUUUCCUUACACAUCGAACCUCAAGGUAUUGGGAAGCCACACAUUUAUGAUGCUGGUCCCGAGACACCACAAACAGCUAUUGAUGCGUCUCCCACCACCAUAGAUACUCCACCACUGCCAUUGCCUCGAGGUUUACGCCGUAAUUCAAUAUCCAUGCCUUCGGGUCUCAAUGCCUUGGAAGAUUUGGAAGCUUUGCGUCUGAAACAUCAAAUGCAAGAACAGGAACCAGUCGUUGAAGAGGACAAGAGUACAAGUCUGACAGAUAGCGUUGUCGAUGAUAUAUCCGGUUCAGUCACAAUAAGUGUCCCUCCCGAGAUAAAUGUCCCCAGAAUACAAAUUCAAAAGCCCGAUGAUGAUAGUGAUGAUGAAUUGGAAAUUCAUGGGAAAAGAAGAGAUCGUUUUCGAACGAGACGCAGAGCAUCGAUUGCCCCGCUGCCGGCGCUGCGUUUGAACGAUAAGGAAAUGUUGGCCAGUGACUUUGAUGCGUACAGUGUGGCCAGUAAUCAGGCCUCCAUAACCAGUGUGAAUUCAUUGGCCAGUCUUUUGCGAGAGAAAAUGCAAGCUUUUCCCCAAAUGAUUCGAAAAAAGAAGCGUGAAACUAAGGAUUACAAAAUCAAAAUUUUUGUUAUAAUCAUGUUUUUCAUGAUUAUAUUUUUGAUUGGUUUUGCCUAUGUAGGCUAUCAUCGAAAACUUUUGACCUAUUCCUAUUUUGAGAAAAUCAAAUUCAAUGGCAAUGAUCGUAUACUGCGUAUUUUGAGUCGCGACGAAAAGGAGGUGAUCUCGGGCCAGCUGGGCAAAACCAUAGGUAUGGACAAUAAACCCUUUCACUGUUUGGAGGACAAUCGAAAACAGGAUGGUAGUGUUUGCAUGGAAUGGAAUGGCAUAGCUCGCUUGUAUAUGAAUUUUCUUGACAAGGAUGUGUUUCGUUGCUACACCAUCAAGUGGCAAUCACUGAGUGCCGGCAACUAUCCCACCGACUGUUAUGAAUUGAAACGGAAUAAUGGCCUUUGGUUUGGGGGUGGCAUAACCAAGUCCCGAGAAUGGUCACUGAGCAAUGAUAACUUCGAUUUCACUCCCUUCUCGAGUGGUGAUCUGAAAGUCCAUCAAUUUGGUAAUGGCGUCAAGCGAUACUUCAUCAAUUCCAUUGGUGUGGCCAUACAGAUUAGUGAAAAAACACCGCUGCAUUUAUCCAUCAAUACGACCACAAAUGAGUUUUGUAUGAGGGCCCAAAACGAUGACUUCACCUUUGUCAAUCACCUUACCGAAUUGCCUGAAUUGGAGUAUAAAAUUUGCACUACAGAUGGCAUGAAAAGUCUGCACAUGCUAAUGACUCAGAAAAUCCUAUGGGAUGGUCUUAAGGUUUCCGACAUGCAAAUCAUAAAGUCCCUGAUGUUUGAGCCUGUGUGGCGUACGCCGCACAGUGAGACCAUGGAGACGUUCAAUGAGACCACCAUUUACAACUACUCGGAGGAUCUAAUAGCGCUGGGUCUGCCUUUGGGUCAUAUCUUAAUCAAUGAGUUUUGGCAAGAGAAUGUGGGCGAUUUCACGGUGGACCAGAAAAGAUUUCCCAAUUUAUUUAAAACCAUUGACUUGCUGCAUCGCCGCGGCUUCAAAAUAGUCUUCACCAUUCAGCCCUUCAUAAGCACGGACAGUGAAAACUUCAAGGAGGCUGUGAGAAAGAAGCUUUUGAUCUACGAACGUCAUUCGGAGAGAAGCAUACCUGCCCUGACUCGUUACAAAAGUUCCUCCAGUGCUGGAGUUUUGGAUAUCACCAACAAUGCCUCGGUUUAUUGGCUCAAAGAGAAACUGGAAAAAUUGAAGGCCGACUACAAAGUGAACAGUUUCUAUUUGGACUUGGGCACUGGGUACAAUUUACCCCACUACUACCAGUGCCGUCAAACUCUGGACAACCCCGAUAUGUAUGCUAAACUUUUCACCGAAAGUUUAGAGUCGGUGGGCUUCAUAGGUGUCUCAACGGCCAGUUCGGUACCCAAACCUCCUGCGUUUCUCAGCACCCAACCGCUGAACUCAUCCUGGGAUGGAUUAAAGGAACUCAUGUCCACUGUAAUGAAUUAUGGCGUUAUAGGAUAUCCCCUAAUUCUGCCCGGCGCUGUAGGAGGGGAUUAUUGGCUAAAUAAGACCAUGACCAAAAUGAUUUCUUUCUACUCUCUGGGUCAACCGCCUGAACCGGAUGAGGAGCUCUACAUACGUUGGCUUCAGCUAAUGACAUUUAUGCCAGCCAUGCAGUUUAGCUAUCUGCCCUCCUACUAUAAGGGGGAUCAGAUGAAAAAGUUGGCCAAAGAUUUGGCCAUCAUACGUCAACAGACUGUCAAUCCUGUAUUGGAUAAAACUCUCAGCGAGUCUCUGAACGAAGGUGUGCCGCUUAUCAGACCGCUAUGGAUGUUGGAUCCCAAUGACACCUCUUGCUUAAGUAUCAGCGAUGAGUUCUCAGUGGGCGAGGAGUUGAUAGUGGCACCCAUUCUAGAUCCAGGCGUGGAGGAGAGAGAAGUUUACCUUCCACAAGGCGUUUGGAAGGAUGGCAUCGAUAGUUCUCUGCGCAAAGGUAGCCGCUGGAUUCACAAUUACAAAGUACCCAGAGAUAAGAUAGCAUUUUUCACAAAAAUGCCAGACAAAACCAGAUUUUAGAAAAAAAAAACCAACAGACAAUCAUUAGACAUUGUGAUACCCAAAGAGAAUAUUCCAUAAUCUGUCCCCUCUGAUGUGGGCAGAUUACUAUUUGAAUUUAGUAUUAAUUUUAUGAAAAAUAGACAAAACUUUGUUAAGUUAAAAAAAAAUAAAAUAUUUAGAUUUAUAAAAAAGAAAAAGUAGUUACGCU